AUGGCGCCCACAAGGCCUGAAUUUCUGAGCAACGUCUGGAAGGACGGUAUAUUCGAGAACCGAGUGGCGUUUGUGACCGGAGGAGCUGGUUCGAUCUGCAGCGCGCAAACCCGCGCACUCGUCUACCUUGGCGCAAAUGCCUGUAUCAUUGGCCGAAACCCCGAAAAGACCGAGAAGGCUGCCAAGGAGAUUGCGCAGGUCCGAAAAGGAGCAAAGGUCAUCGGCAUAGGGAACGUCGAUGUGCGGAAUUUUGAGAGCCUAAAAGGUGCCGCGGAUCGCUGUGUGGAAGAGCUAGGAGGCAUUGACUUUGUCAUGUUUGUACCUCCUCAAUAUCUGAUUCUCGAAGGUGCAUUGCUAACAUUUACGGCCGCCAGUGCUGGUGCAGCAGGUAACUUUGUUGCGCCCCUUGCUGGCCUGUCACCUGGCGGCUUUAAGGCCGUGAUUGACAUCGACACCAUUGGCACAUUCAACACCAUCAAGGCUACGAUACCACACCUCGUCCAAUCCGCAUCCGACAACCCCAACCCUCCGCCGUUGGGACAGGUGGGAACCGGUGGGCGAAUUCUUGCUGUGUCUGCGACCUUUCAUUACACGGGAUUACCGCUGCAGGCCCAUGUGGCUGCGGCGAAGGCUGGAGUCGACAGCCUCAUGGCGUCUGUAGCCCUGGAAUACGGCCCAUUCGGCGUUACAUCAAACGUGAUUGCACCCGGCGCGAUCAAGGGGACAGAGGGCAUGGAGCGGCUGGCGAGCAGCAGCGUAUCGGAGAAAGAGCUUACGGAGGGUGUUCCGAGCGGUAGAUGGGGCACUAUUCGAGACAUUGCGGAUGCGACUGUCUGGCUCUUCAGCGAUGCCGGCAACUAUGUGAAUGGGCACACCUUAGUUGUAGAUGGAGGCUCUUGGCGGCGGCCUGGGUCCAUGUCCGUUGGUCUUGAUACUGGCAUGAAGUAUCCGGAUUUUCUGAUCUCUGGGCACUCAAAGAAUGUCAAGGAUGGACGCAAGACAACGAGCAAGCUGUAA